AUGUUCAGCGAUGAAUCGGAAUCAGCACUAUUAUUUGCUUUGCGAAAGCGUUUUGAUGCAAAACGUUUUUAUACAUUUGCUGGUGAUGUAUUAAUAGUGCUAAAUCCAUACGAUGCAUUAUCAACAAUUUAUGAUGAUACGGUGCAAAAAUUAUAUCGACAAAGCAAUAAUCUCAAUAGCUUACCAGCGCAUAUAUUUUCCGUUGGUCAAAAAGCUUUGGGGCGUAUUGAAAAUGAACAUUCGAAGCAUGAAUCGAUUUGUUUUUG